UUCUCAGGAAAAAAACCCAAACAGAUGGGCCGUGCAUGUUUUUGACAGCGAUACUUGUCUAAGUAGCAGUUUGUGGUUUAUAGCUAACAUUAGACACACAAUGCUAUAAUUUUAGUAUUAGUACAAAACAGUUUUUCCUCUCAUCAGUUAACGGUUAGCAAAUGUUUUGUUAGCUGUCCAGUCAGUAUGCUAGGCAGCUAACAGCAUUAGCUGGCCGGCUAGAUAGGAAUAAUUCGCUAUAAGCUUGUUAACGUGUUAGCUAGCUAGCCUUCACUGAUGACUUUAUGGAAUAUGCCGUGAAUUCCGUGUUAUAGACUGUUUCUAUGGCCUAAUUAGCCGUUAGUUACCGAACUGGGCUGGGCUAGGCUAGGUGGGCAGUAGCGUGCUACUUUUGUUAAUACAGAUUAACGAUCUCUAAGAAGUAUAAGAUGUCUGUGGAACUCGAUGUGUUUGUGGGAAACACCACCAUCAUGGAUGAGGAGGUCUAUCAGUUAUGGCUGGACGGUUAUACAGUGAACGAGGCGGUGCGGGUACGGAUGGAGGGAGGGGUGCUGGAGGAGUGGGAAGCCAGUUCGGAGGUGCUCCACAGUGACACCAUGGAUCAGUUCCGUACCUUCCAGAUGUGCGAGCGUCUUCUUCACAGCCCAGCCAAGCUGGCCAAUCAGCUUCUGUUCCAGAUCCCUCCACACAGACAGGCCAUGCUCAUUGAGAGGUACUACGCUUUUGAUAGCGCCUUCGUGCGAGAAGUCCUGGGGAAGAAACUGUCAAAGGGAACAAAGAAAGACCUGGAUGAUGUCAGCGCAAAGACAGGCAUCGCACUGAAGAGCUGCAGACGCCAGUUCGAUAAUUUCAAGCGUGUGUUUAAAGUGGUGGAGGAGCUGAAGGGCUGUCUCGUGGAGAACAUUCAGCAGCACUUCCUGAUGUCUGACCAUCUGGCCAGGGACUACGCGGCCAUUGUGUUCUUCGUGAACAACCGCUUCGAGACAGGAAAGAGGAAACUGCAGUACCUCUCCUUCCAGGACUUCGCCUUCUGCGCCUGCCAGCUCAUCAACAACUGGACCGUGGGGGCCGUGGAUAACAUGGUGGAGGAUAUGGAUGUGGAUCUGGAUAAAGAGUUUCUGCAGGACCUGAAAGAUCUGAAGAUUUUAAUCACUGAUAAGGACAUGUUGGAUCAACACAAGAGUCUUGUGUGUACAGCUCUUAGGGGGAAGACCAAAGUAUUCAAUGAGAUUGAGGCAAACUUUAAGAACCUUUCGAGAGGCCUGGUAAACAUUGCUGCCAAACUUCUGAAUGCCAAAGAUGUCCGAGAUUUCUUCAUUGAUCUCGUAGAGAAGUUUGUGGAGCCCUGCCGGUCAGACAGAUGGACAGCUCCAGAUGUCAAGCUAUUCCUCACCCACUACAGCAACUCUGCACACAUACUCGACACAUUCAAACACCAAGCAGUUUGGGACCGGUAUAUGGGCGUCAUCAAGAGCUGCAUUCUGAAAAUGUACCACGACUAGGAUAUCUGCUCUCAUUUCUGAGUAUUCUGAUUUCUGAGUAUUUCUCAAUCCCUUCUCCAUCACGCCUUCAUUGUUCUCCUCUUCUCUCAUUCCAUAUUGUCCUCCACUGUCACUGAUCUCCCUCACCUCAUUAUUCUCUCUUCUCUUCCUCUCGCUCUGCUACUUCUGUUUCUGCCGUUGUUUUCUUCCCCAGUUCUUCCCCUCUCCUUUUCCGUUUUGUCCUCUUGUGCAACUUCACCGACAGCCGCGUUCACUUGUAAUUAAAAUCUCUCCUCUUUCUCACGGAGAUACCCUGCGCGCUUUAAAUCACGGCUUAAUUGCAAUAAAAGUAUUUGUUUGACAUUG